CAGAAGGCAGCCCUACUAGUAGACAUGUCUCCGGCUAACAGCCUCAUCAUUGCAGACAACUCCAUAUAUGCAGAAUCCACUGCUAUUGGGUACAUAUUCACGGCAUUCGCUAGUGAGUCGAGAGCACUACCCGUGGUUGCGCUUUUCAAGUCGGUCGACUAUGUUCACUUCCAGUGAUGAUCUUGUACGAGCAUGUCCUCGGUCUAGGACAAGAAAUCGAUCUAUUCUGGCGCAAGAAACUCUUCGGCCCGGCACUGAUAUUUUUGGCCAACCGCUAUGUCUUGCUCGUGUACGGCGUUGGUUAUCUCUUGCAAGUGCCUCUUUGGACCACACCGACGGGCUGCGAGGCGACCGAUUUUAUCUUCUAUAUUGCCAACAUGCUUCUUUUCGCUAUCACUGGCGUGUUGGCGGCUCUUCGGGUUUAUGCCAUCAGCAAUGGAGACAAAGCAAUCGGCGCUGCGGUCCUUACCGUUGGCAUGGUCCCUGCAGUCGUCAAUUUGUAUACUACGGUGCGGCAGUCUUACGCGUAUCUGGGUGUCGACGGGAUUUGCUCGCGGAACCGCGAUUUCACCUUCGGCACAGCAAACAUGUAUGUACUGGAUGCAGUGGCCUGCGUGUGCGCGGUGCUAUCCGACCUCAUCGUCAUCGUUGUAACAUGGCGUAGAACAUACAGGCUCUGGAGAGAAGGCUUGCGAUCGAAGACGGCCCUCCCAUUGAUUACCUUGAUUUUUCGCGAUGGUACUCUUUACUUCAUCACGCUGCUCCUGGUGAACGUCCUAGAGCUCGUCGUGAUACGUUUGCUAGUCACAGCAUCGUCGGCCAGCGUUGCAUACACAUCAUUCACGCUCAUCCCCGUAUCGUCGAUCCUGAUCUCGCGCUUUCUCGUCAAUCUGAAGCAACUCUCAACAAAAGACGUUGCGAUAGGACCUGCAUACGGGGCAUCGGGAGCGGCGUCGCACAGCGCCAAUGAGCCGACAAACGUCAGUGGAUCGCUCGUCGGGAACUUCGGUGCCGAUCUGCAGUUCGCAAGUCACCCGGCGAGCACGGUUGAAGAUGCUCAUGGAGACGAAGAAUACGAGGAUGACGCGGAGUCAGAAUCAGCGGGAGCGGGGGAUGUCUGCGAGACCUAGUGGUGGCCAUAAGACUACCAGCCCGAUGCGAUGAUCAUGCCUGCCAUUGCUUAUCUGUGGUCUCAGCACGCCCACUUCUGCAUACCUACAUGGAAAGGCUCAACGCCGUGGCCGCUUCGAUGCAUCAAUCCGUC